GUCCCCUGCCUCAACGCGUCUUUUUUUGCGAUCAACAUCUUCGGUGCUCGUCACAGGCGUACCACCCACUCAAUCUACCCUUCUUAACACCAACGAUUUCUUCGUCAACGCCCCAUCACCUUCAUCAUGGGAGAUGUACGAUCGCAAAUCACCACCGGUGCCUUGAAGUGAGUGCUAUCGUGCUAUCGUGCUGUCGUACACUACACCUAAAGUACCCCGCUAACAACCCGCCAGCGCCAUUUUCAACGAUCCGGAUAGCCUCGAGCAGCGCUUUCCCGUACCGGUAUGCCAAUGCGUGCAGAUCAAGACACUCAGCUCGACUGGCGAUGGCGUGCCAGAGAGGUUUCGUCUCGUUCUUAGUGAUGUCGACCAUUUUGUGCAGAGCAUGCUCGCCACCCGUAUGCCAACAACCAAAGUCCCUCCAACCAUAUAGACAUUCGCUUACACAACUACAGAAGCGAAUCAUGUCGUACAUGACGGAAAGCUGAAGAAAGGAUCCAUCGUACGCCUGAAGUCAUACCAGGCAAAUGAGGUCAAAGGCAAAAAGUUAGGCAGCACUCGCCUCCAACCAAGCGAAUCUCAACUAACGACUGCAGGAUUCUGAUUGUAUUAGACUUGGAAGUUAUCGAGAGCUUGGGUGAACACGAGAAGAUUGGAGAGCCGGAGGCUUUACCUCUCAAAGGACCAGAUACAAAGCCCGUUAGCACAACCAUAGCUGGGGGUGGAUUCUAUGGCAACAAACCCCAACCUCCGCAACAGCAGUAUCAAUCUCUUCCCCAAAGAUCUGGUCCUUCUGCGUCACAAGCAAACAUCUACCCGAUCGAGGCACUCUCGCCAUAUACUCACAAAUGGACAAUCAAAGCCAGAGUCACGAACAAAUCAGAUAUCAAAACUUGGCAGAAGCAAAGCAGUGAAGGAAAGUUGUUCAGUGUCAAUCUGUUGGAUGAGAGUGGGGAGAUUAAGGCUACCGGCUUUAAUGCCGAGUGCGACAAAUUGUACGACCUUUUCCAAGAAGGCUCUGUCUAUUAUAUCUCCGCUCCAUGUCGAGUGCAGCCUGCAAAGAAGCAGUUCUCUAACUUACCUAACGACUAUGAACUCACCUUUGAAAAAGAUACGAUCGUCGAGAAAUGCGAGGAUCAGGAUAAUAUCCCGCAAGUUCGUUACAAUUUUACCAACAUAGCAAAUCUGCAAGAAAUUGACAAGGACUCAACCAUCGAUGUUAUUGGAGUUCUCAAAGAUAUUGCCGAAGUCAAUCAGAUUGUAUCCAAGUCUACGCAAAAGCCAUAUGACAAGAGAGAACUGACGUUGGUGGAUGAUUCUGGGUACUCUGUUCGACUAACGAUUUGGGGUAAAACUGCCACUAAUUUUGACGCGAACCCGGAAGCAAUUGUGGCGUUCAAAGGAGCUAAGGUCUCGGACUUUAAUGGCCGAAGUCUCAGUCUCCUUUCGUCUGGUUCCAUGACCAUUGAUCCGGAUAUUGCGGAGGCGCACAAGCUCAAGGGCUGGUACGACUCGCAGGGUCGUAGCGAGCAUUUUGCAUCCCACACCGGCAGUGGCACUGGAGCAGCCGGUGGUCGCAACACCGCUGUCAAGACCAUAAUCCAAGUCAAGGAUGAAGGGCUAGGAACGAGAGAAGAGGUCGAUUACUUUUCUGUCAAAGGGACCGUGAUUUAUAUCAAACAGGAAAACAUGUCGUACCCAGCAUGCUCGAGUGAGAACUGUAACAAGAAAGUCACCGAGGAGGAUGGUGCUUGGCGCUGUGAAAAGUGCAAUGUUACCCAUCCAGCCCCGCAAUGGCGCUACAUGAUGACUUUGAGUAUUGCGGACCAAUCCGGACAAAUAUACCUGAACUGUUUUGACGAUGUCGGGCGCCUUGUUAUGGGCAUGAAUGCCAACCAAUUGGUGGAUCUCAAGGAAAACGACAAUGAGCGAGCAACCAAGGCUUUUGACGACGCGAAUUUCAAAACCUAUACCUUUACGUGUCGGGCUAAGAUGGACACUUAUCAAGAUCAGUCAAGGUAUGAUUUUACUCAACUUGGGCCAACUAACAUACUGACACAACAUGUAGAGUCCGUUAUCAGGUCCUUAACGCACUACCAAUUGACUUUAAGCAAGAAGCCCGCAAGCUCACCGAGUUGAUCAAGGGAUACAAUAUUGACUAGGAUGCACAAGAUUUAAUGUGGAACGAUUGGUAAAAUGGUGAGAUGGUGUGAGAGACAUUUAUUGCUGGAUGGGCGGGUUCUGGAAGGGCCAAUGAUAGUACUUUUUGCUCAUGUUAUGGCGUUGGAAUUAGGGCAUUUGACGUGUAAAUGAAUCCACAUUCCAAUCACCUAUAUUCAUCUUCUGAGCCGCU